CGAGCAUCUUGAGCUUGCAUGUUUUAAGAUUCACUGAUACAUGCUAACCAGGUGCAGACAUGUUCAUAGAAAGGAUAUAUCAGUGAGGUCUUGCUCAACACAUCAGGAAGGUCUCUCAAUGUGUAUUCCUGCUGCCUCCGAUUGGCUCUGGGUGUCUGCCAGCUCAGCAGAAUACAUGGUCAACCAACAAACAGAAAAGAGCUAGGCACUUGCCGUCAACCCUUUGUAUGCCAUGUAUCUAAGGGUCAUUGCUAGGUGAAUUGAAAUCUUCAUCCUCACUUGCCAUACACCCUCUUCUCUUGUUCCCUCUGUUUACAUGAAUGGAACAGCGGGGUAGCUGUUUUGGCCAACCCCUUGGUCAAAAGAAACUGCCUUAUCUUUCUUUCAGCCUAAGGCUGCUUUGAUUACCCUUCACUUCAGUCAUUCCGAAGAAAUUAUCAACUGGCCUUUCCAUCCAGUACAGUGGUCACAGAUUUGCGAUGCAAGUUUAGAUUGCAAGGUGAUAUCAAAGAACCAGCUUUUUUCUACCAAGCUGAACUCCCCUAAAAACUCUACUUCCAUUUGUUGCUGUCUUGCCAAUUCUUCAAACCAUAGGGCUUGUUAAACGGGAACCUCAGAUUGCAAAAUGGAGGAGCCGCACAGGAUAAACGAUGAACCCAACGACUCCGUUGUGCCCGAUCCAGCUGGACCGUCCGAGCUUGCAGAAUCAGACAGCGAAGAUGAACAUACCCAUCCAAACAACGCCGACGAACCCAGUAUUCGCCGGAAGCAAAACUUGCGAUUCAAGGAGCUAUUAUCAGCGCGGGCAGAAGAAAUCACGGCCGAAGAUAUCAAGGAAGUAAUCAAAGCGACGAAGGACGAUGAAUUGUCUAUGUCGAAUCUCCUUGCAAAGCAAGACUUUGCCUCCGUGAUACAUGAUCCACGAGAGUAUCAGCUAGAAUUGUUCGAAAAGGCAAAGAAGGACAAUAUCAUUGCUGUCCUAGAUACCGGCUCUGGGAAGACGUUGAUAGCAGUGUUGCUUCUUAAGCACAUAAUUGAGCAAGAGCUGAUCGACCGAAGUGCUGAGAAACCUCAUCGAGUGUCUUUUUUUUUGGUCGAUAGCGUAACGCUUGUUUUCCAACAAGCUGCAGUGCUUCAGAAUAACAUCAAUCAAAGGGUCGAUAAGUUUUGCGGUGCCAUGGAAACGGACUUGUGGAAUGGAGAGACAUGGGAAAGACAUCUUGCUAAAAAUAUGGUCAUUGUUUGCACUGCUGAAGUGCUAUAUCAGUGUCUACUUCAUGCUUUUGUUAAAAUGGAAAACAUCAACUUGCUGAUCUUCGACGAAGCUCAUAAUGCAAAGAAAGAUCACCCCUAUGCAAGGAUUGUCAAGGACUUCUACUUGAAGGAUGGAAACGCUAAAAGGCCGAAAAUAUUUGGCAUGACAGCAUCACCCGUCGAUGCCAAAGUGGAUGUGGUAAAAGCUGCAAGAAACCUUGAGACACUGUUGAAUAGCCAAAUAGCGACGGCGUCCAAUCUUUCUCUCCUACGGCAGAGUGUUGCGCGGCCUAACGAGGAGGUCUGGAGCUAUGAUCGACUUGAUCAACCGUUUGAAACGCGACUUUACAAAGAACUACGUUCCCGUUUUGGGGAUCUACGUGCACUCGAAAAGCUUUUCACAUUUUCUCUCAAGGCCUCGUCAAAUCUGGGGGCCUGGUGCGCGGAUUGGGUUUGGUCAUAUGCAUUGACCGAGGAAUCAUUGCCAAAGCUGGAAGGGCGUGCAGCCCGAACUGCCAUGGGCAAUCUACCAAUAGCUAAAAUUGUGAGACCCGAAGCCGAAAUCCAACGUAUUCGCGAAGCAAGUGAAAUAAUACGUUCCCAUAAAUUUGGAGAUCCUGCGAUUCGACCUGAACUUCUCAGCCCCAAAGUCCGGAGAUUGCAUCAUGAGCUCUUGAAAUAUUUUGAGAGACACACGGAUACCAAGUGCAUCGUUUUCACAGAGCAGCGACACACUGCCAGGAUUCUAUGCGAUCUUUUUUCUAAGAUUGGAACCAAGCAUCUUCGGCCAGGAGUAUUAAUAGGGGUGCGGUCAGAUGCCUCUGGCGGCAUGAAUAUAUCGUUUCGUCAGCAGGUUUUGGCAGUGGUUUCAUUUAGAAAAGGAGAGGUGAAUUGCUUGUUUGCAACUUCUGUUGCGGAGGAAGGCCUUGAUAUUCCGGACUGCAACCUUAUAGUCAGAUUUGACCUUGCGUCAACCCUUACUCAAUACAUCCAGAGUCGGGGGCGCGCAAGACACAUGAAUUCAACGACAUGCCUAAUCAUCACAUGCAAAUCACAGGAAAUUAUGAAGCGGUUCUGUAUCUCUCUCCCAAAGGAUCGCAUUCUAAAUUCCAAUGAUGUAGACGCACUCUACGAGGGUGAUCGAAAUCGGAAAUGCUACACUGUCCAAACUACUGGAGCAAAGUUAACUUACAAUUCUUCCCUGGUUGUUCUAGCCCAUUUUGCUAACUCCCUGCAAUACGAAAAGGAGACCUCAACAGUAGUGAGCUAUUACCACCGGUUCACAAAAAACGCGUUUGUCUGUGAGGUUGUCCUUCCAGAGAAAUCACCAAUACGUGGUAUAGUUGGGAAACCCGCCUCGAAGAAACUAAUUGCCAAACAGUCUGCCGCUUUUGAAACAUGCUUGUUGCUCCGAAAACACGGGCUCCUUGACGAUCAUUUUGUGUCCACAUACCAUAAACGCUUACCGGCCAUGAGAAAUGCCCGCCUGGCAAUCUCCUCUAAGAAAAGCAAUCAAUACGAUAUGAAGGUUAAACCAAAAUUGUGGGAAACUUCUCGUGGAAUCAUACCUACCUCCCUCAAUAUCGUGGUUCUUGGUUUUCGCUCGCGAAGACUCUUGCACAGGGAGUAUCAUCCACUAGUUCUCUUAACUCGAGAGAAAUUGCCACAUUUUCCAGAAUUUCCAUUAUAUCUGGAGGAUGAUAUUGAGUGCGACGUUAUUUGCAGCUCAAUAAUCUCUGGUUUCCAAGUAUCGGGCCAUGACCUGGAGGUCCUUACUACCUUUACGCUUCGGAUAUUUCAGGAUAUAUUUCAUAAGGUCUAUGAUCGAGAUGUAGGAAUGAUGACGUAUUGGCUUGCGCCUUUGAAUCUAAGCUGCGAUAUCUCCUCUUCGGCAUCACGCGAUCUUCUGGACUGGGGGAUUCUUCAGUUUGUUUUUGAUAACCCGGAGAUUCCCUGGUCCUCAAGUAACUCGGCGGCGUUCUUUGCCAAUCGAUUUGUUUAUGACAGAUGGAAUGGCAGGUACCGCUACUUCACACACGGAAUUGAUCCAAGUCUUCGACCCUCGGACCCUCCGCCCUCUUCAAUGGCACGGCGACGACAUAUGGGCAAUAUAAUGGACUACUGUCUUAGUCUGUUUAAAAAUGCCAGAAAGAAGUUCCUGGAAAAUUGCGACUGGACCCAACCCGUUAUUAAGGCGGAGAUAAUUCAGUUACGCAGAAAUCUUUUGGAUAAGCGGACUAACAAGGAAAAAAUAAAAGAAGGAGACUAUUAUAUUUGUCUUGAGCCUUUAACGAUUUCGGCGAUACCAGCUUCAGUUGCCGCCUUUGCUUUCGCAUUUCCGGCGAUAAUCAGUCGUAUUGAAUCGUAUCUUAUUGCUUUAGAAGCUUGCCAGGAAUUGGAUUUACCCAUUUCUCCGGAGCUCGCACUUGAGGCUUUGACUAAGGACUCAGAUAACACCGAUGAACAUCGAGCCCAACAGAUUCAUUUUCAGAGGGGAAUGGGCAAAAACUACGAACGAUUGGAAUUUCUUGGUGAUUGCUUUUUGAAAAUGGCAACUUCGAUCUCGUUAUUUGCAAUGAAUCCAGAUAACGACGAGUAUGAUUUUCACGUCAAGCGAAUGUGUUUGGUCUGUAACCAGAACCUUUUCAAAACUGCAGUACGGUUCAAGCUUUAUGAAUUUAUACGAAGUCAAAGUUUCUCCAGGAGAGGUUGGUAUCCAGAAGGCCUGACCUUGCUGCAGGGUAAAGGGCAGAGUAAAGGUGCUACCGAGAAUAAGCAUGCCCUUGCAGAUAAAACUAUUGCCGACGUUUGUGAAGCUCUGAUUGGGGCAUGCUGCCUGUUAGCCAGCAAGAAUCACCGCUUUGACAUCGCAGUUAAAGCGGUGACUGCUCUCGUCAGUAGCGAUGAUCAUAACGUUUUGAAUUGGGAGCAAUACUCUCGGCUCUACUCACUUCCUAAGUAUCAAACAGCUGUCGUGGAUGCCGCAGAGCUUGACUUAGCAGCUCAGGUUAAAAAGAAAUUGGGUUACGUUUUUAAAUAUCCAAAGCUCCUACGGUCUGCCUUUACGCACCCUUCAUACCCUAGUGCUUGGGCGAGAGUUCCCUGUUAUCAAAGGUUGGAAUUCCUCGGUGACGCCUUGCUUGAUAUGGCCUGUGUCGAGCACAUUUAUCAUAAACAUCCAGAUAAAGAUCCUCAAUGGCUCACAGAGCAUAAAAUGGCGAUGGUGUCAAACAAGUUUCUUGGCUCUGUUGCAGUGAGACUUGGACUCCAUUCUCAUCUCAACCACUUUUCCACCUCGCUUCAGUCGCAAAUUACCAAUUAUGUGGAGGAAAUUGAAGCAGCAGAGCUAGAAAGUGGUGACUCCCCUGAUGCGUGGACAUUGACGAGCGACCCGCCGAAGUGCCUUCCAGACAUGGUAGAAGCGUAUAUUGGCGCAAUAUUUAUUGACUCAAACUUCAGCUUUGAGGUAGUCGAGGAAUUCUUCCAGAAAUUCCUCAAGAAGCAUUUCGAAGACAUGACCAUUUACGACACCUACGCAAACAAACACCCAACGACGUAUCUACAUAACAGGCUGGCCAUCGACUUUGGCUGUUCAAAUUACUGCUUGAAAGCUGGCGAAGUGCCAUAUGUUGAUGGGCCAGGCACGCGGGUGCUUGCAGCUGUUAUCGUGCAUGAUGAAGUAGUGACUGAGGGCGUAGCCUCUUCGUCUCGUUAUGCUAAGCUGAAGGCGAGCGAGGCAGCUCUUUCGAAACUCGAAGGCUUGCCGCCAUUCAGAUUCCGGGAGAUAUAUGGAUGUAAUUGCCAGGCAGGUCAAAGCGAAGCUGGAAACGAAUAAAGGCUAUCCUACGGAGUAGUUAU